AUGCCAACUAAUGAUGUCACACAAUGCGCCGCUUUGUUUCAGCGAACCAUCAUAGCUGCAUUAGUACCAGGUGAUUCAUUUAAGUGGGUAUACUCAUUAUCUCGGAAAGUAUUAACUUUUUCCGGAAUUUGUUUUCUAAAACAUUUAAAUCACUUGAGAGUGAUUUAAAUCAGUGGCACAACUAUGGUGGGUGGGAAUCUUUAGGGUAUCUAGCUACACCCCUACAUCCAUGUUUAAGUAAUAUAUAUGUGUUAAAAACGUAUUUUAAUUUUAAUGUAGAUAUGUGGCCCUCUCAAAAAAACCUGGUUGUGCCACUGCUCUCAAUCAUAGAGUUUUAAAUAAAUUGAUAUUAUUAUUCAAUCACUAAAAUGUAUUUAAAAAAAUGUCUUCACAUUAUGUUUGCAAAAAAAGUAUAGAUUUCUAUUUGAAUUUCAAUAAUUGACCCCUAUUAUACUACCCAUACAUAAUACAUUUUAAAUAAAAUCGUGGCACUGAUGUUAUGUUAUUGUGAUGUAAUGGGAUUGGAGAUAGUGUACUUAUUUUAGUUAAUUUAGUUUAUGUCUAUUAAAAAGGUUGUAAAUUGGAAUUAGAAAUUUAAUUAUUUAGCUGGAAAAUAAAUAAAUUGUACUAUAUGUACUUUUCCAGUAUUUUACCAAUUACUUAUAAAAAAAAUUAAAAUCUCAAAAAAUAAUUCCAGCGUAACCUGCUAGAAAAAACUAAUCAUACAACACUACGAACCAUAUAAUAUUACGUUUUCAAAACCCAUCAAACACUGUAGUUUUCUACAAUUUUGAUUUACUUUUCGGUUUAACAAAACGUCAUAUUUUUUCGUUCGAUUUAAAAUGAAAUAAAAAAAAAACUUUAAAUGUCCAAAUUUGAGAAAAUAUUUGAAAAACCAUCACCAAGUCCCCUAACGCGUAUAACCAACAUUCAUUUUGGAUACAAUACAUCGGUAAUAGGUUCUCAUCUAUAAGAUUUAAACAUUAUAUUUUAUGCAACGUUAAUUCCAUUGAGUGCCCAAGUAGAUAACAACAGAAAAUUGUUUAUUGUUUCCUAGCCGUCUGUAAAGUCCGCCCAUAGAACGUGUAUAAUGCAUAUUUUAGCGAUUGGUGCAAUCGUUUUGUAGAUUGCACGCUUAUGGUAAGAUCACGGUUCUUUAACCGAUAACCAACAAGAUAUUACAAUAUUUAAUUGUUAUGAUUUUAAUAUUAUUAAUACGCUAAUAUUAUAUUAUCGCUGUUAUACCCUGUGACUACUACAGGUAUAUUAUAAUAAUGUGCCAACAAAAUGUAUUCGCUAUAGGUAUACCUCUCUAAUGGCUAAAUAAUAUUAUUAUGCAUUAUUUGAUUAAAAGCUUAUUAAGUGAAAAGAAAAAAAGUUUGUUAUUGUUAAUUGUAAUUUCUUAUAAUAGUAUAUAAUUAUUAUUGUUAUGCAUUUUUUGAAUACCGUGUAAUUUCCUAAAAUAUAUAAAGUACACUUUAGUAAUGGAAUUACGUUACCAACCUACGUACAAUGGUGUUUUUUGAAGAAUGUUUGUUUUUUGAUAAGAUUCAAUUAUUUAUAUUGCACUUGAAAUCCUUUUCGUUGUUUUGCGCGUUACCUACAUUAUAAACUGUACCUACCUGUUCAUACAUUAAAAUUCAUUGAUAAUUGUUGGUACCUACCUAAUUCGCGGUUCUUCUCGUUAAAAUGUAAGUACAUGGUUUUAUUGAUUUUCUUCAUUUUCACUACCUUCUAUACUUUUUAGGCGAUUUGAAAUUAUUGUGCAUAUAAAUUACACUUUAUAAUUUUAUACGAGUUAUACUUACAUUUAUAAAUUAUUAUUUUAAUUUCCAGGGGUUUGAAAAAUAAUACAAUAUGUUUUUUACUUAUUGUUGUGAUUAGUGCGAAGAAAAGUGAAUGUUAUUUAUGCGAUACUUGCACAUGUAAAAAUGCCAUAAUAAAUUGCACGGAAAAUGGCGAUAUGCUUAUUUUAGAUAUUUUGUGGGAUCACGCAGAUAUUUUCAAGAAUGCAACAAUCAUACAGUUUGAUUAUAAUGAAAUAAUACAUGUCAAACAACUGCCGACGUCUAAAGUAAAAUAUUUAUCACUUCGACACAACAAGAUAAAUGUAAUUGAUGAUAUGGCCUUUAUAAAUUUGAAGUUCCUCGCAGAACUUGACCUCAGUUACAAUAGUUUAACCACUGAAAAGCUAAAGCAUAAUGUAUUUAAGGUAGAUAUUUGUAGUUUAUUAUUUGUAAUUAAUAUUUUUAAAUUAUUAUUUGUAGGUCAGUGGCGACGCGAAGGAGGUACAUUUGAAUCACGUGAUCCCCGAAAAACCAAGUGGAAGGGUGUGCCUGGGUGUUCAAAAAUAUAACAGAAAUUAUUAUGUUUUUAUAAAACAAAAGUCAUUAAAACAAUUAUAGACUGCGAAAAUUUGUCAAAUUUCAUUAAAGACCUCCAAAGAAACUUGGUUUUUAUCCCUGGUUUGUAGAUUUUUGGGUAUUUUUGGUAGGGGUGGGUGGACAAUUGUAUCGGUGAUUCAAGUUAAAAAAUUCUUCGCGCUACCAUUGUUUUAGGUAAUCAUUUAUUUUGUUCAAUUUACCAUAUAGAUUAGUCACGAUGAUUCUUCGAAAUUGAGUAGUUUGCUUCAUUUACGGCUUGAUUACAAUAAUAUUCAUUCACUAAUGCCGCAUGUGUUUAAAGAACUUAGUAAUCUUGCUUCAUUGUCUCUCGCAGGAAAUCCUCUAAAAGUCAUUGAUCGAUCAACAAGUUUUGCAUUAGCUUCAUUGCCUAUGUUAAAAGUAUUUAUAUAUAUAUAUGUUUAUAAAUAAUACAACAUAUUUUCUAAUUAAUAACCUUUUUCACUAUUUUUUUUAACUUUUAAGGUUUUAAAUUUAUCUAACACAUCUUUAAGCGAGUUGCCUAACCAUCUUUUACACACACCUCGAUUUUUAGAAGUAUUAAAUUUGUCUAAAAAUCAAUUUACACAAAUACCACCAGGACUGGCUGAAGUACACGCCUUACGUAGAUUAGAUUUCAGUUAUAAUCCCAUUGAAAAUAUAUUGUGAGUAAAUUUCAUUUUUAACAAUAGUGUACCUAUUUAUCGUUUUUUACAAUUUUUUUUUUUUUAACUUUAAUAUUUUAACUAUUAAGGAAUUUUCCAAAAAUGAAAUCAUUGAAAAUUCUUCAUUUAUCACACAUGCCAGAAUUGAACUCUAUAGGACCACAUUCUUUCAGUCUUCUCAAUAAUCUUGAGGAAUUUCAUUGUACGUAUAAUAAUAAACUUACAUCAAUAGAUCCAAGUGCAUUUAGUUACAAAUUAAAUGACGAAUCAGAAGGUGAAUUAUGGCCUCUUAUAGUAAAAGUACGUGGACAUUACAAAUAGUAAUGUUAUUUCUUUCAAUGAAAUUUAAAAUUAUUUAAAAUUUGUUUUUUUAGUUAGAUUUAAGUUAUAAUGCAUUGGAAUACUUGGACAGCAAUUUGUUAAGUAGAUGGGAUACAUUGGAAGAAUUGAACUUGCAAGGUAACAAGUGGAUAUGUGACUGUGUAAACCAAUGGCUUGUAUCUACUUUAGCUCCAAUGGUAGAAUCAAGACACCCCGAAUUUCUAAACGAUUUUACGUAAUUAGUAAUUUUGUUAAUUAUCUUAUAUUCAUAUACCUACGUAUCGGUGUAGUAACUAAUAUUUAAUAUUUGUAUUGUAUAGUUGUCAAAAACCGAUUGAAAUGAGUGGGAUUUCGAUUUUCGAUUUGGAUCAUCGUAAUUACCAUAUGCGAUGUUUAGAUUUUUACAAUAAUCGUCCCGAAAGAGACGGUAUAUUGUUAAUUGGAAUAUUGAUUGGUGUCAUAUUGGCUAUACCAUUUACAAUGGGAACGUUGAUGUGCUGUGCAAAAAGGAAAAAAUCACUUUCUUACUAUCACCGGAUAUUCAAUAAUAAAAAUUCUUAUCCUCAUGACUAUCAACUAAGGUAAUAUUAUUAAUUGAAACACAAUAUUGUAGUUACAAUAAUCAUUGUUAUUGUAAUUUAUAUUAUAGUUUAUCGUUUCUCAUAAACAUAUUAUACAAAUUCUAACCCAUCUAUUUAAACAAAGUUUAAGUUAAAUUUGUAGCUAUAGUAAAAUGUAAAAUAUAAAAUAAAUUUAAAGUACCCAUCUAAAUAGUAAACACUAUUAUUGUAGGUACCUAUUAUUAUAUAGUUCUAUCUAAUUUUUAAAAUAUAAACAGCGUGCAGCGGUUUGAAAAAUAAUAAUUAGAAAAAAUAAUUGUAAACAUAAUAAAUACAUAAUUACUUAUAAUAUGAUGCACUAUAACAUUAACACAGAAAUAUUCUAUAUAAAUGGCACCUAGUACCUAUUCAUAUCUAUUAUUAAUUAAUCAAUACUACCUAUUAAUAAUUUCAAGGAUGUAUAUUUUUGGCACCAGCGAAGUAUUCUGAAAAACAAAUCCUCCACUGCUGUCAGUUCAAACACGAAAAACAAAUGUAUAUUUUACACGUCACAUUACUUUAUGACAAUGUUAUGAUUAUUAAAAUCCAUUUUUCAUUAUUUUAUAAAACUAUUAUAAAAACACUUCAAAAAAAUUAUUUCAAAUUUAAUUGAUAUAUAAAAUGACAAUUAUGGAUUUUCAAAAACGAUUAUGAAUAGAAUUGUAAUCUCAAAUUGCACAACUUUGUUUGUAUUUCUUGUUACUUAAUUUUUUGAGUUUUCUUAAUCUUAGUGAAAAUUGAUUUUGUUUUCAAAGUAGUUUCUUUUAUUACCAAUAUCCAGUAUCAAAUUAGGUAAUAACCUAAGAAAAAUAUUACGAAAACAAACCAAUACAAAUCGUUAUGUGUAACUAUUAUAAUAGUGUGCAAUAAUACAAUAGUUUUAUAAUUAUGGGUGUUCCCAAAAAGAUAUACUUCAGGGCUUCAAUAAUUAGGUUAGAUACGUACCGAAAAGCUGAUAAGUUGCUUGUGUUUAUUAUUUAUCACUUAUGAGUUAUGAAAUAUAAUGUCAAUAAAAUUUACUUACCAACAUUUUUAUGGUUUGCAUGUUUUUCCAGUUAGUUACAAUAAUAGUUAAUGGCUUAAACUCGUAAAUUAUUCUAGUUAUUAAAAUAUAUUAUACCUAUGAUAUUAUUGUAUGCACAUGGCGCAUACGUUACAAAUGAAUGAAAGAGAAACAUAUUGUUUAUAAUAUUGUAAAUGUCACAUAAUAUUAAUUAAAAUUAUGAUUUUUGUUAUUAAAUAAAUGAUUAGGUAGAUAGGAAUCUGUUUUGUUAAAAUAGUCAAAUUAUCAUCUUUUAGUAUUAUAUUUAGUUAAAGUAUUUUAGAAUACUAUGUUAUCUACAUGUGUAUUGAUUUUAAAAUGUUCUGUUUUAGGGAAACAUCAAUUUAUCAGCCAACAUCAAUCAUUGCUGAUGGAUACUAA